AUGAUUGCUGGAGCACGCCUGAGCGUGCCAGCCGCGGGCUUCCUGCCGCCAUGGGGCCACCUGCUUCGCUGGGCCCUCUUGGGUUCCCUGAGCCUUCCUGGCCCUCCAGAAGCCAAAGCGCAGUUCCCACGAGCGUGCAUGACUGUGGAGACUCUCCAGUCCAAGCAAUGCUGCCCAGCCUUGGGGACUGAUCCUGACAAUAUCUGUGGUUCACAGCAAGCCCGCGGAGUCUGCAAGGAGGUGGAAGUGGACUCCAGACCUUGGGGUGGCCCAUACACGCUCCGCAACGUGGAUGACCGGGAACGCUGGCCCCUGAAGUUCUUCAACAGGAGCUGUCAGUGCACAGGAAACUUUGCCGGCUACAACUGUGGGGAUUGUAAAUUUGGCUGGACAGGGUCCAACUGCGACGAAAAGAAGCUGCCCGUUAUCCGGAAGAACAUACACAGUUUGUCUGAAGAAGAGCGGGAGCAGUUCUUGGAUGCCCUUGUGCGUGCAAAGACAACUGUUCACCCAGACUAUAUGAUUGCAACCCAGCACUGGCUGAGCUUGCUUGGUCCCAGUGGGAAUGACCCGCAAGUGGCAAACUGCAGCAUUUAUGACUACUACGUCUGGCUACAUUAUUACUCAGUCAGAGAUACUUUACUAGGACCAGGGCGUCCCUUCAGAGCAAUAGACUUUUCCCAUCAAGGACCUGCCUUUGUAACCUGGCAUAGGUACCAUUUGAUGCUGCUGGAGAGAGACCUGCAGAGGCUGAUUGGCAAUGAGUCCUUUGCGCUGCCUUACUGGAAUUUUGCAACAGGCACGAACGAGUGUGACGUGUGCACGGAUCAACUUUUUGGAGCCUCAAGACCGGACAACCCGAACUUAAUAAGUCAGGAUUCAAGAUUUUCACAGUGGGAGAUAGUAUGCAAUAGUUUAGAUGAGUACAACCAACUGGUCACAUUGUGUAACGGGACCAGUGAAGGGUUGCUGCAGAGGAACCCGUUUAGCCAAGCGAGUGAUCAGCUGCCAACCCUGGACGAUGUUCGAAGCUGCCUCUCCCUGGAAGACUUUGAUAAGCCCCCCUUCUUCAGGAAUUCUAGUUUCAGCUUCAGGAAUGCUUUGGAAGGUUUUGAUAAACCAGAUGGGACCCUGGACGUUCCAGUUGUGAGUCUGCACAACUUGGUGCACUCUGUCUUGCAUGGGACCAUCGCCUUUCCCCAUUCUGCCGCGAAUGAUCCGAUCUUUGUGGUCCUGCACACCUUCACGGAUGCCGUCUUCGACGAAUGGAUGACACGAUUCCACCCAGCUGGCAGUGUCUGGCCGCAGGAGCUGGCGCCCAUUGGCCACAACCGGAUGUUCAACAUGGUGCCUUUCUUUCCGCCCGUCACCAACGAGGAAGUGUUUCUGACUGCAGAGCAGCUUGGCUACAGCUAUGCCUUUGACCUGCCAGAUUCUUCUGCAGAAGCCCGUGCCUGGGCUCUUGUGGUUGGAUCCAGCAUCGGAGGAGCUCUGAUAGCUUUAGUUGUGCUGGUCCUUCUGCUUGUGCUCUUCCAGCAUAGGAGACACAGGAGAGGUUUUGAGCCGCUCAUGAAUGCAAGGUUCAGUGUAAAGAAAUAUACUGAAGACCCAUAG